GUACGUACAUAUAUAUGGAAUAAUUAUGAACCUCCGGAAGUGGCAACUUACGUGGUAUAUUUGGAAAUAUGAUACACACAAGUUGUAAUAGGAGUGGUCAGACUGCCAUCAAGCUCAUAAACAUAUUCUCUAUAUCAAGUUGUGUUGUACACUUGUAAGAGAUUUAUCUAUAUAUAUAUAUAUAUAUAUAUAUAUAUAUAUCAAGUCCAAAGUUGAGCCAUCAUAGGCAAAGAAGAAGAAAGGGGGUACUACAAAAAUACACAAAAGAAACAACAACCAGAAGAUAAAGGGCUAAAGAAUGCCUUGCCUAGACAUAGCCACCAACGUCAACAUCGACGGAGUCGACAUCGACUCCUUCUUCUCCGUCGUCACCUCCACCGUCGCCGCCAUCAUGGGAAAGCCCCAAAACUUUGUGAUGGUGGUGCUGAGAGGCUCAGUGCCGAUACAUUUUGGCGGAAACAAAGAGCCGGCGGCGCUGGCGGAGAUUAUAUCUCUUGACGCCGUUGACCGGGAAGUUAAGAGGAAGCUCAUUGCCGAAAUCGGUUCCAUUCUCCAGGACAAACUAUGCGUUCCAAGAACUCGGUUCUUGCUUAAGGUUCACAAAUCCGCAAGCACUCCCAACCACACUCGCUCCAAAUUGUGAUAGCUGCAUUUCUUUUAACUUUUUAACUUGUGAUUUUUCCGCUGCCUAAUGUAAACUAUCUAUAUUCAAUUAUUCAUCAUUUGUAAUUGUAUUCCUCUAUCUAAAAUAAAAUAAAAUUCAACUUCAAAUUUUGAAUUGAAUUUCAACGGAUUAUCACGGGUCUAGUCCAUAGUCCAUACUCUCCUGAAUUUUUCUUAUUGCACAUUUUUAAUUAACAAAAAAAUCUUAAAAAUA